AUGUCAAUCAAUUCACCAAGUACACAAAAUAGUCGAAGGUUUCGGUGUGGCCACACUGAUUUAUUAAAUAAAGUUAAAAGCAUGUUGCCGAUGGAUAUUUGCCGCACUUGCACGCAACAUGAUGAUAGCUUACUGCCGCUUGCGACGUGCACAGAUAAAUAUGCAAAUAAAAGCUUAAAUGAUAUGUUGCACGAAUUGACACAAAAUGAUCCCCUGCAGGAACAUACGGACGACAGUCUGCCUCAGCACUUGUGUAUCGGUUGCCUGCACAAGCUGGAAGCGGCCUAUGCGUUUGUGUUGCAGGCUCGACAGGCUCAGGAGCAAUUGUUGUUACGGCUGCAUAAAGGCUUGCAAACACAGUGCCUAGAUGAGAUGCCUAUAGACAUUAACUUGCAGCAAAUCAAAAUCGAAACGAUUGUUGAUAUGCAACUACCUAGCAAAACCAAGAGUGAUGACGAGAGGGAACAAGACAUGGCUGCAGUAUCUAUUCCAGUCCUGAAAUGGCAACCAGAAAGCGAUAAUGAGAGUGAUCAGACUGCAGUUGACCAGGACGAAGACUUGAAGCCCACGCAAGUAAGGCGCAGCGCACGUAAAUUCAGAACCAACAUUGACAACGAAAAUGAAGCAGCAUCUGGCCAAGCGAAUCCGUUGCCUAACAAGCGGCGUCGCGGUCGCCCAGCACAUCUAAUCAAAAAGGAAACUGUCAACGAAGAAGGACGGCAUGUAUGCGAUGUUUGUGGAAAGACAUUUUCGUGGUACCGCGAUAUGCAGCGCCACUCGCGCAUACACUUCGAACAGGCGACUUACGUGUGUGACAGUUGUGGCAAGAGCUUCUUGCGGAAAGACAAAUACAUGUUCCAUCUUCGUUCGCACGAAAAACGUGCGGCCAAAUCCCAGGCCAUGCUACUGAGCAGCGAAUGGCGCUUCGCUGAACGUCUCUACAGCUCUAGCCGACUCAAACGUGCGGAGUGUAAGCUGUGCGGCUUAAAAUAUCGGCGUAUAGGGGAAUUGCGCCAGCAUCUGUCUUCCCAUAACAACAUUGAGACUUUGUCCAAUCUGAGUUUGGAGAGUGACGUUAUUAAGGAACAGUUUGAUAGAGACCAGCGGCAGCUAGAUUUGGCGCUGAUAAAGCAACAAUUGUGUGCAGACAUUGCAAAGGGACGUGCUGAGCUAGACAAAUACUGCGCUGUGGUCAAUGCGUAUGGCUAUGAGCUCAGUCUUAGCGAUUCAGACGAAGAGGUAGCUCAAUAUCAGUGCCAGCCGUGCAAUACCAACUUCUCGCGCAAAUAUCGCCUUAUGCGACACACUCUGGAGGAACACACACAGGCGGAGACUGCUUUUUCUUUGCAGCGCUGUGAUGUUUGCCAAAUUGGUUUUGUGUGUGCCAAUAUGUUGGAGCAACAUCAACGCACACAGUGCUUCAACAAGCUGAAGCGUUACAACUGUCCCAACUGCCCAGGUAAAUUUAUUUGGCUGCAGAAUUUGGAGCAGCAUGCGUGCUCGCAUCACAUCAAGCAGCUCGACGGGGAACAUCAAAUAAAGCAGUGUUGUCUUUGUGAUGCCCAAUUGAACAGCAUGAUCGAAUUACGCACUCAUUUGCUCACCCAUCAAGAUGGACGCUGUGGCAUAUAUCCAGAGCAGCAGGCGACCUUCUUUCGCACCUACUAUCCCAACGGCCUUGACUGCAGUUUGUCAGACCUAAGCACAGUCAUUGCUGCCGAUUUUAAGGCGGAGAAUUAUGGACGAUACUUCAAUGCCAGAACGAAAAACGGCGAGGAGCUCGAUUUCUUUGCUUCUGACUCUGAUUUGAGUGAUGCGGACCAGCAAAGUUCAGAAACUACCCUACAUAUAUGUUCUGUGUGUGGCGAAACGAAAAGGCGCCUGUCUCGGCUGCUUGAGCAUCAGAAAAGCAAGCAUAGUCAGGAGCAGAAAAGUCUGCCAUACGUCUGUGGCGAUUGCGAUUUGAGUUUUGUAGCCAAUUCACUGCUCCAACAGCACCGCCGACGUGUUUGUGACAAGCAGCAUGCCAAGUACCAUUGCCAGCAAUGUAGUCAGCGCUUUUACUGGUUUUCCAAUUACAAGCUGCAUAUGCAUCUGCAACACGAGACACAAGCUGAGGCGCAGACAGACGCUAUCGAUGAAUACGAGCAGGAGUCCACGAUGAGAAGCAAGCGCCAGUCAGCAGAUGCCAAGUUGCAGUGCGGCGAGUGCGAAAAGGUGUUCAUCUGGCACAAGGAUCUGACGCGUCACAAGCGCCUGCACCAACCACAAGCCUUGGCGCAAUACCAUUGUGUGCACUGUGACCGCAAGUUCCAUCGCAAGGAUGGCCUUAAAUCGCAUAUGCGUGUACAUGGCGAACAUGAGGUGGAUGAAGCGGUCGCCAGGGAACCAAUUCCACCCGCGCUACUGCCAGUGUUGCUAGCCCAACUGUGUCGGCCUAAUGGCUGCAAACAAAUUCAAUGCAUGAUAUGUCUCUCGCAGCAUACCAAGAUAUCUGAUCUACGUACUCAUUUGCUUCAACAUCAGUAUACGGUCAAAUUUGCAGAGGAGCGGGGCCAGCCAGAAAGCAUUGCGAGCAUUUCACGCUCCCUAUAUCCAGAACUAAGCACACCAUUGGAGCAGCAGCAACUAAUCGAGCGCAUUCAAAGUGAUGUGGCAAAAGGUGUGGAGCUGGAGAGAUUCAUAUCCAUUACCAACGAGGCAGGUAUUGAGCUUAGCCUGGACAGCAGCGAAACAGAAACUGAUUCCGACUCUACCGAGACAGUCGGAAGUAACAGUGGACUCUACAGCUGUGAGCUGUGCCAGCUGAAGGUCUCGCGCAAGCAUCAGCUCUACGCCCAUCAGCUGGAGCAGCAUUCGUGGCAGCAGGCAACACGUGUUUGCAACUGUUGCCAGGCGAGAUUUGUGAAUGAGCAACUAUUAGAGCAUCAUUAUCGGACACUCUGUCGCAACGUUCAGCGACGCUUCUUUUGUCGCAAAUGUCCGUUGCGUUUCCGCUGGCGCGAGAAUCUGAAACUGCACUCAGACGUGGCACACAACGAAACCAGAGGCGAGCAAUCGAACUUGGGCAUUCAUUUAAACGGAUCGCGCCUGUUGCCUAUUGCUAGCUACGACUGCACCGAAUGCCAUCGUAGUUUUAAAAUGCAAAAGGAUCUCACCAGGCACACUCUGAUGCACGCUCAGGAGUCGAGCAUUUAUCGUUGUCGAUGGUGUGCACGACGUUUCUAUCGCCAUGCCAAUCUUCUGCAGCAUAUUGAGCGUCAUGGAAUUAUCGCGGAACAGCUGCCCUAUGCUGAGGCACUGCUGAAUGCUAGCCGAAAUCCGCAUGGCCAAAAGUGCAUCCAGUGCAUGGUGUGCAACGUGACCUACCCCACCAUUGCUGCACUGCGCAGCCAUCUUCUAUCAGCACCAACAGGCACACAUCAUGAGUUUAGCUCGUUGCUCAAUUACUCCAUUACCAACCAGUUGGGAUACGAGCUGCUGCUUGACGACUCGGAAACGGAUGAGGAAGCAAAGCCACCAGGUACGCCCGCGCACUACACAUGCGGUAUGUGCCAACUGCGCUGUGUGCGCAAGUUUGAGCUGCAUCAGCAUCAGCAAGCGAUGCAUCGGCUGGAGCGUAUAAAUGAGGGUUGUGAUGUCUGCAUCUUUAAGAGUGUCUCCCCAGAUAUCGUAGCCUAUCAUCGCCGCGUCUUAUGCGACAACACGGAAAAGCGCUUCAAAUGCUCAAAGUGUGGCUACAAGUUUAUGUGGGAGGCGAAUUUACUGCAGCACAUGCAGUUGCAGCAUCCAAGCAGCGAAACGCAGCAGGAUGCAAGUUCUAUUUCUGCACAAGAAUUACCCAGCGCAGAUUCCCAAAUUUUUCAGUGCGGUCAGUGUCCUAGUAAAUAUAAUCGCAAGGAUCGCCUUACAGCACAUGUAAAGAAAUGUCAUAUGGCGGGAACUACAGGCGCCACGGCUGCAACAGAUGCAAAGGCUAUGAAAAAUUCAACUGGCGCCAAGCAGCAAAAAAGUUUUCUUUGUGCCUUCUGCGGCAAGGCGGUCAGCUCCUCUUCCAAUCUGAUUAUACACAUACGUCGACAUACUGGCGAGAAGCCUUUCAAGUGUGACUACUGCGAUAUGGCUUUCCCACGUUCCUCCGAUCUACAGUGUCAUCGACGCACCCACACGGGAGAGCGGCCGCACGUCUGCACCGUUUGCCAGAAGGGCUUUGCUCGAUCCUACAAGCUGCAACAACAUAUGCGCAUCCACAAUGGCGAACGACCAUACAAGUGUACCUAUUGUGAAAAGAGUUUUACUCAGUCGAAUGACCUGACGCUUCACAUACGACGGCACACAGGCGAGCGUCCCUAUCAGUGCAAUACGUGCGGCGAACGCUUCAUUCAGGGCACAGCCCUGAAAAAUCAUCGCCUGCAACAUGGACACCACGAUAUGGAACUAGAGCAAAUCAAAGAUAACUAAUUGAUCUAUAACAGUUCUUGCUAUAAUAUAUAUAAAUGCGUGUACUAUAUAAUUUUCGUAUUUAAAUCGUAAAGUUGUUUCAGACUGGCAAUAAAUAUCCAUAAUUUGAAUUUGAA